CGCAGUCCAGUCCCCUUAUCCUUCACAUCUCUCAAGAUGGCGGCUGUCCCAGACAAUUUGUAUUUUGGCGGAAUUGAAGGUGGUGGAACAGGUUCAACAGCAAUAAUAUUAUCAAGUGAUGGAAAAAUUGUAGGCCGCAGUACUGGACAAGGCACAAAUCACUGGCUUAUUGGACUAGAAGAGUGUCUUCACAGAGUAAAUGAGAUGGUGGAAGAAGCUAAAAGAUCUGCAGGAAUUGAUAUAAAUAAGCCAUUGGCUUCUUUGGGACUUUCACUGAGUGGCCUGGAGAAGGAAGAAAUUCAACAGAAAGCUAUUUCCAUGAUGACAUCAAAGUACCCCAGCUGUAGUAACAUGUAUCACAUGUGUUGUGACACUGUUGGUGCUAUUGCAACUGGUUCUGACCAAGGUGGCAUAGUGUUAAUAUCAGGGACUGGCUCCAACUGCCAAAUGCUAAUGCCAAAUGGUAAAACAUUCAACUGUGGUGGCUGGGGUCACAUGAUGGGCGAUGAAGGAUCAGCGUGGUGGAUAUCACACAAAGCCAUCAAAACAGUGUUCGAUACCGAAGAUGGAUUAGUCUCUUCACAACACGACAUCACUUAUGUAAAGAAAGCCGUUUUUGAACAUUUCAAGAUAGACAACUUGUUUGGGAUGUUGGAUCACCUGUACGCCAAAUUUGACAAGGCUUAUUAUGCGGGGCUGUGUAAAACUAUAGCAGUUGGUGCAAAAGAAGCCAAGGAUCCUUUAUGUCAACACCUGUUUUUCCAGGCUGGGGAAAUUUUAGGGACACAUGUCAGAGCUGUUGUUCAACAUAUGGAUAAGGAAUGUCAGGACGCUUUGUUGAAUGGUGAAAAAGGACUAAAGAUUAUUUGUGUCGGUGCCGUGUGGCAAAGCUGGAAUCUGCUAAAAGAUGGAUUUGUAACAGGCAUUCGGUGUUCUAGCAAUGCCGCUGUCCAAGUGAAGCGCUUUUCACUUGUUAAGUUGCGUGAAAGUUCUGCCGUGGGUGCGGCUGCUCUGGGAGCAAAAACCGCUGACCACCCGCUUCCUGUAGAUUAUGGUUCGAUGGUAGAUGAAUUUUUCAGUCACGAAUUUUAAAUAAUAUAUGAAAAACGCGAACUAACUAACGAUUGUUCUAUCCGAAAGACUAACAAUAUGAACUUCACCCUUCCCCGAAGCUUAGAGAUAACUUUGUGAUAACUUCGACUUCCUAAUGAAAUUACACCACGGAUAACGAUGCCAUCUUUCAAAAUCCGCCUCGUUCGAUUCUUCUCCGGUCUUCUCGUCCCUUGCCUUGAUUGUCGUAAAGGGAAACUAUAAAAUUGUUGCCAAGAAAGAGUAACAUUUUUUAUAGCCUACCUUAAGGCGGGACUUAACCUAAAAU